AACCAGAAUACCAUAACUUUCUUUCGUGAUAUUAGCUUGACAAACGGCCAUCUGAACGGUUUCCAAUGGCUACUCUCUUCGCUUUCUCUGCUUCUGUUCCUCCUUUCAAAUUUACCAUCGAUUCUCAAUCUUCCCUCUCCACUUUUCGCUCAAACGCUCUAUUCUCUUCCUUUCUCCCAAAAUUCCCUACCCCUCUUACCAUAAUAUCCUUCUCCGAUUCUUCGAAAUGGAACAAAGGGCUUCUUUUUUCCCAGGUUUUCUCAGCAGAAGCGGAGAUGUUCAGAGCCUCAAGGAGGAGCUUUAUGAGACACUAGCACCUCUUGAUCGAGGCGCUGAGGCUACACCUGAGGAUCAAGAACGUGUGGACCUGAUUGCUCGUAAACUUGAGGCCCUGAACUCUGUAAAGGAGCCUCUCAAGUCCGAUUUGCUGAAUGGGAAAUGGGAGCUUCUGUACACAACAUCUCAGUCCAUUCUGCAAACACAGAGACCAAAAUUCUUGCGACCGAACGGAAAGAUCUAUCAGGCAAUUUAUCUGGAUACUUUGAGGGCUCAAAAUUUGGAAACUUGGCCUUUCUACAACCAGGCUACUGCUAAUUUAGUUCCUCUAAACUCAAGAAGGGUGGCUGUCAAGUUUGACUUAUUCAAAAUUGCUAGUCUGGUAGGAAUAGAGACCAGAGGAGAUAUUUUAAGGCAAGAUCUUGGAUUGAACUUACAGAUACCUAUUAAAUCACCUGGGAGCGGUCGUGGUCAAAUAGAAAUUACUUAUCUGGAUGAAGAUUUAAGAAUAACAAGAGGUAACAGAGGGAACUUGUUCAUUCUGAAAAUGGUGGAUCCAUCCUACAGAGUCCCCCUUUGAUUUAUUGACUGUAGCAGUUGGUAGCACAAUUUUUAUUUUUAUAUUUAUGUGUCCAUGCAAGCACGUGACACACGCGUGUGCUUGCUUAAAUUUUGUUCGAAUGUUAGCCUCUUUGCACUCUAUAAGCAAUACGAGAUAAUUGAACAUUAAUUUA